AUGGCGAACUCCGAACCUGUUCACUUCUUUGACGUCCUCUCCUCGCUUGAAGGUCCUUCGAAAUCCUGGUCCCCCAAUACCCCUCCCAUUCGUUUGAUCCUCAACUACAAGCGUAUCCCCUACACCCAAUCCUUCAUCUCGUACCCAGACAUCGCUCCGCUUCUGAAAUCCCUUUCUGUCCCCGCAAAUGAAACCGGAUUCCCCUAUACCCUACCGACCAUCAACCACAAACCGUCUAUUACGGUGAAUUCCUCCGGCACCCUCACCGACUCACUCCAAAUCGCUCUCCACCUCGACAAGACCUUCCCUUCUCCGCCCCUGUUUCCUCACGGGGACGCAAGCUACGCACUCGCCAUUGCUGUGUCUGAGAUUUUAAACAACGUCGCCUCACACAUCUACCUGUUGGGAGUUUCGAAGUGCCCAGAAAUCCUUGACGAGAGAGGGAGGGCCUAUUUCGUGAGGAGUCGGUCGGAAAUAUUCGGAAAACCGUUCCAUGAGAUUCGUCCGCAAGACGAGGAGAAAGUGAAAGAAAUGGAAGCGGCAGCGUUGAAGGAGUUGGAAGGUUUGGUUAGGGUUUUGAAGGGGAGAGAGGAAAAGCAGGGUGUGUUCUUUGAAGGGGAGAAUCCUGGGAAUGCGGAUUUCUUGGUCGUCUCGCUUUUUGCCUGGAUUGAGAGGGUUGACAAGGUGUUGUGGAAUAAGUUAAUCAAUGUGGGCGAGGGGGAGCUAAGGGCUUUAUGGGAUGCGUGUUUGCCGUGGUUGGAUGGCCAGGGGGAGGAGAAAGAGUGGCAGGUUGGAGUGUAG